AUGUCGACAACUACUGUUGAUCAUCAAACCCUUGUCAAUGGGAUUUUGCGCAGGGACUUUGCUCUUGAGGUGUCAAGCAUCACUCCUCUUGGUUAUGGUCGCAGCAACAUAGUCUUUCUGGUUGAUCUUCUCAAGCCUACCAAAAGCAUUCGGUCCCUGGUACGAUACCGUGGAUACCCAAAGCCUGGCACCGUGCCCAUACCCAAGGAUACAGUAAAGUUGAUCUUCCGCUUUUUCAGGCCCUUUGAUACCUACAACGAGGCCGUACAGGCGGAAAACAAAGUAGCUGCAAUGAGUGUUGCCAGAUCGGCUCUUUCCUACUCACAUCUUCCAUUGCUUGUUCCCCAAGUCUACGGCUGGGACAGCGGUCAGAACGAGCCGAGCACACUUGGAUGGGUUCUUGAAGAAUAUAUCCAGGGCAGGAAUCUUGCCGCGGACUUUCCGAAUCUCCCAAUCAGCAAGCAGAGAAUCAUUCUUGCGCAGAUGGCAGAUGUAACGAAGGCUUUCCAGAUCUAUCAUCUUCCGGAAACCGUGACCGGUUUCGGUGGACUUACCUUUGAUUAUGAAAGGCGAAUGCGGACAGGUCCCCCGAGCUUCCAGUGUAUCGGUGGCCCCUUUGAUUCUAUUGCUUCCUUUUACCAAGGUCUGAUAAAUUGGUAUCUUGAGGCGUCGGAACGAUAUGAGAUUAUCAAUGGCUGGCGAGACAGCGACCUCACCGAUCGAAUAGACCAGUUUAUUAUGAACGGAGCAAGUGAGUUGUUGGCGAGCCUCCCAACAGAUCGUCCGACAUUCAUCCAAGGCGGCCUGGAGCCCCUCAAAACUCUAUACAAUCCCGAAACACUUCAGAUUACCGCACUCCUCGAUUACGGUCUUUCUCACGUCGGCAUUCCCGCCAUGGAGUUUUUGUACUCUUUCGCCGGGUUCUCCGGGUCCCUCACCGCGCCAUUCGAUAGAGAAACCGAAAGAUUGCGGCAUGCAAUGCUACAUGGAUUCCCGGAAAUUCCUCCUAUUUCCCAGCCCAUGCGUCUGGGUCCUGACAUGUUUGGGAGCGGCCGCAACAUUCAGUGGGGCCUUGCAAAGGCGUGGGAGGUUGAACUGGAGAGGGUUGGGGCCAUUCGACCACGCAACACCGAGGGCGCCGACUUGCUGUCUCAGGUUCAUUGGUUCAUCCAAGACCUCGCGCCGUGGCAUCUGUACGAUCCCGACAUUCUCCAAAUCCGUACGAAGGAGCAACUCUUCGAAGCGCGGCAGGAAACGAAAAAGACCCUAGGGAAGUACCUGGAGACCUGGGGUUAUUAG